AUGGCGGACGGUUCAAGCGGCAAGAAGUUUUUGAAUGUGAGCAAAGCAAUGUGGGACAUCGUUGACAAGUUCUUCGACCCAGCGAAGGUGCUCACGCAGCGCGGGUACGAGCUCAUCCAAACGUACAGCAUCAGGGCUGCACACCCUGUGCUUCCUUACGUCAUGCAUUUUCUUGCAAUGAUGUGCGCCCUUAGCAACGGCGCCAAAAGCGCGUGGUUCCCCCACGCUCACAGCCCCAUGUUCUUGAUGGUCCUGAACGUGAAUUUCGCCCAGACGAGAAAGUCAUCCAUCACCGGGAACGGCGACAGCUUCGGGGACAAGCUGGACCAGGUCGCUCGGGAUGUUGUGGCGCAGAAAGUCCUGGCAGCAGCGUCCGUCGUAGGAGAUAUGCAGGGGGCACCACCACGUGAUGAAAGGGGCCGUCGUCGCCGGAAUCCUGACGCCGCGGACCCCAGUGGUGCAGCGGAUCCCCCGCGGCAGCCGCAAGUUGCGCCCUGCGUCCUGCACGCGGCGACGCCCACAGAAUUCUUCCACCGUUGCGCCGGGGACUACCAGCAGGUCCCAGACGCGGAGAACUUCCCCGGCGUGGAUGUGCGAGGCCGUCACGUGCACGGCGUCUUGGUGAACCCUGACGAGGCAUACGACACGCUCACGAGUUUCAACUUCAUGGGCGAGCAGAAGGCGGGGAAGAAGCAGACCACUGUGAAUGCCUUCCAAAGUGCGUUCAACAAGUUGGCGCAAUAUGGGAAAGCAUCCAGGGCGACCAAGACUGCUGGCUCCUACGGCCGGGUGGACGCGCCUACAGUGUCUGUGGGAAUUUCAGGAAAUAUACACUUCUCGACGUACGUGCCCAUGGAGCGCGGGGAGACAGGGUCGCACCACACUGCCGCGAAAGAGAGGAUUCUCAUCAGCACAGGGCGCCCUGUGCAGCCGCACGCCCCCUUGCCAGACACGUACGCAAUGCCCGCGGGCACUUUGCGGCACAAGUGGGUCCCUCUGGUGGCCGAAGUGGCAGAGGCGCUCGAGCUGGUGGCCGGUUCGGCGCCCCCCGACCAGGCCGCCCGCGUGUGGGCCAGGGCCGCCAGGCCGCGCGAGGACGACGCCGCUUCCUCUGAGACGGUCGACGGGAAGGUGUACGUUCCCGACGCCGAGGGCUUCUCGGUAACCUUGCCAGAUGGCGUGCAGACACAGGUCCGCUUCCAGCGGGACGCCUCGGCGCCCACGGGGUUUCGCCCGGAAUGGUUGGUCGCCGACAGAUCUUUCCCGAUGCCCGCGCACCACUCGCUAGAGACGUGCGUGCCCCGCGUGACCACGUAUUUCGAGAAGCCGCACGUAGUGUUGGAGCCGACCGUGGAAGCGCUCGCCCUGCACCAAUCAAUCGCGGGCCGCGAGUACGCCGGGGCCGCGCUGGGCGCGGCGCCGCGGCACUUGGGGGAGUUGGCGUCGGCGCUGUGCAUAUUCAAGUGGCUUACGCAACCGGGGGUCGGCGGAUUCGACAUCUUCUGCGGCAGGUACGACGACACCGAGGAGCACACCUCGAGGAAGAUUGCACCGCAGGAGGAGCACGUCGAGCGCGCGGCGUCCCCGUUGAAAGUGGUCCACUUGUUGAAGGUAGCCGCAGCGAGCACGGAGGAGGAACCGGAGCCAGCGGCAGCGUAUGCAGACACAGCGGAGCAGCGCCGGGUGGAGCUCGCUGCGUUCCUCGCGUCCUCGCAGGGCGCGUUCGACGGCCUGUGGUCCGCGAGCCAGCACGCGCGCGCGGAUCGCCCGCCCGUGGAUGCACCUCCUGCUGCCAGCGAAGCCAGCGCCCACGGCGGCGUCUCCAGGGGCGGGGCGGCCCAUGAGGGCGCCCCCGGGGGUGGCCCAACGAGCGGCCCUGGCAUCCUGGUGUUGGAGGACGUGAAAGGGCUGGACUUCGGCUACGGGGCCGAUGGGAGCAGCGUUCAAGACGGCCCCUUCCACGCCGCGGGCCUCACCGACCGCAACAUCAUGCGGAGGACGCUGCUCGUAGGCACCCCGACCGCCACCAUGCGCGCCGCUUGCGAGCGGAUGAAGUCAUCGAGGAGGGGAGGCCAGCGGCCGAAGCACCUCCCAGAGCAGACGUGGCUGCGCGUGAUGGAGGCUGGGCUGCAGGGGAGCCCUGUGGCGCGCCUGGAUGGUCGCGAGAUCCAUGUCGCGCGCAUCCCCGGAGGCCAGGCGGACCGGGUGGCUUACCACAAUGCUUUGAUGCGCUUGUGCGCCCUUCCACUGCGAGACCUUGUGGAGGCCAUGAAGAAGGCAAAGGAGAACAGCGAUCGAAGGGAGCGCGGAGCGUGCCCCGCGGGCGCCUUCUGCCGUCUCAUGAACGUAGCUGCGGUGAAGAGGGCGCGGUACCUGGGCGCCAAGCACGAGUCCAAGUGCCAGACCAUCCAAGCCAUCCUGGAAGGGCGCCUGUCCGAGAUCACCGCGGAGCAGGUCUUGGACGCCAUCAGGGGGCUCGAGGCGACCGCGCGGCAGUGCCCUGCGUGCGACAAGCGAAUGGUGAAGCGGCCAGGCUCUGGAUCAGAUGCCAUCGUCUUGGACGUGGGCGGUCCCGUUUGUAAGACUCACGUCCCUUACCGCUGCAAUUCGGUGGACUGUCCAAAGCGCGGUUUGGUACAUUGGCACAACUACUACGUGGACGCUGGACGGCACAUUUUCCACGGGGACGUUGCGGCCAUGAAAUGCAUCAUGCUUACCGCGAGCUUCGGGAUCACAACGGAGUACCUGGAGGCCUUGCACGAGCGAAUGCUGAGGGAACACGUAUCUUUUGCCGGCGAAGCUGACGUGGCGCGCGCCCGUGCCGGUGGAACUGCGCUGCCAGCCAACUUUCGGAAGUACCUGUCGAAAGGCUGGUUCGUGUGGCGGUUGGCCAGGCGCGUCGGCGAUUUGGGCCCUGAUGACACCGCUGUGAUCGACUUGAUGCAACCACUUGAAGACCAAAUCAAGGACACGUGGGACCAGCUCGAAUUAACGUUCGAGCGUAGAACCGCAGAGAGGGCCCGAGCAGCAGGCAUGAAGACCGAUGUGGUUGCGGUGGAUGGCAACGCCAAGAAUCGCAGGCUGACGCGCGCAGCGCCUCUGCGCCACUGUGCGACGUGCCCGCGCUUAGCUCGGCGGGCGCGCGCGGGCUGCCCCCGGACGCCGCUGCUGGGCAGUGCGUUUUGUGGAGUGCACGGCGUGCCCUGCGAGUGCCCGGCCGAGGACUACGAGGUGGUGGGGCACGAGGCGCCCGAGGCGGGGGGCAUGGGUUUGGACGGCUCGUUGAAAUUGUUGGUGCGUGAGCGCCGGGGCGAACUCAGGGAGCUGUGGGUGUCGGAGUCGGCCGUGGACCUGGGCAUCGUGAACGUCUACUUCCACGGUCUCGGGGAAGAUCGCAGAGCGGCCAGCGCGGGCCGGCGGGGGGCAAAGGCCAGGUGGAGACGGGCGGCGGCCAGCGAGGUGCGUCGUCAACUCGACGCCGCGGCCCCUGCGUGGGAUGCCCUCACGCCGGUGGAGCGGGAGCAGCUCCUUUCGGAGAUGUCGUGCGAGGCCGACCUGAAGGCCGUGGCGUGCAACACCCAUAAGGAGGACGACUCGCAGCAGGCGAAGUGCGCACGGACCGCCGGCGUACUAUGCGCUCGCCUGUCCUCUGGCAUCGUCGUGUACAUGCGGGAAAUGUUCGGCUGCGAAUCCUUGAGCCAAAGGUUCACGGAGCGCCGGGCGUCCGAUUCCCCGCAGGCCGCGCGUCUGGCUCCUCCAGCGAUCUCUUACAUCUGCGACGCUUUUCACAUGAGUGGGCACACCGAUGCGUGGUGCAAAGCGAAUUGCAACCCAGCCGCCCCUCACUUGAAGACGCUGGUCGAGGGCGUGCGCACGUCUGUGUGUGAAUUUACAUUCACAUGGAUGAGCCAGUACAAGCAUCAAACGAAACACAUGAGCGAAUGGGGGUUUAAGUUUUUCUUGCAGGAGAUGUGCAUGGCGCACAACGAGGCUCUGUUCAAGGGUUCGGCUCUUCACCUCACCCACACGAGCGGGGACUGA